UAAGUGAUGCUUUAGCAGCUUUAGUGCAUGAAUGUCGAAAGUCGAAAGAGCUAUUUUAUUCUCCCUUACUCUUUAAAACCUCAGCGGAGUGAAUGCAGCACAUCACGUCUUUGAUUUAAGUCACAUCACAGUCGUCACCUGAAACUCACUUUUAAAGGCGGAUUUUUGUUAAUCUCCUCUUACUGCGGAAGCUUCCUCACACUGACAUCUCGGAUCUCUCCAAGCGGGCUGCAUUCCAAUUCAUUAAAGCUCACGCUGCAGAAGAAGAAGAGGAAAAGUGUCUCUGCUGUGCUGUUUGUGCUCCCAGUUUUGACCCCAAAAGAGGAUCGUCUACCUGCAGCUCUUCCCAGGAUGAGGUCUUGGACCCUGCCGAGGGGCAUGCUCCUACCCCUGCUUCUGCUCCACACCGCCAACUCCAUGGUGAUGCUCCCAAACUCCACAGCCCUGGAGCAGAUUUUGGAGAAGUAUCAUGACGAGAAGGGGGACUGGUGGGAGGCCAAGCAGAGGGGGAAGAGAGCAAUCACGGACAGUGACGCUCAGCUCAUCCUGGAUCUUCAUAACAAGCUCCGAGGCCAGGUUUACCCUCCUGCUUCCAACAUGGAGUACAUGGUGUGGGACACUGAGCUGGAGCGAACGGCAGAAGAGUGGGCAGAGACGUGUUUGUGGGAGCAUGGGCCUGCUGGUCUGCUGCCACAGAUCGGACAGAACCUGGGAGCACACUGGGGAAGGUAUCGCCCUCCUACGUUCCAUGUGCAGGCGUGGUACGAUGAAGUGAAAGACUUCACCUUCCCUUACCCUCAGGAGUGUAACCCUUACUGCCCCUUCAGAUGCUCCGGCCCAGUUUGUACUCAUUACACACAGCUGGUUUGGGCCACCAGCAGCCGGAUCGGCUGUGCUGUCAACUUGUGCUACAACAUGAACGUGUGGGGGCAGAUUUGGGCCAAAGCUGUUUAUCUUGUCUGCAAUUAUUCACCCAAGGGAAACUGGUGGGGCUAUGCACCUUACAAACAUGGGACUCCAUGCUCUGCUUGCCCUCCCAGCUAUGGAGGAGGCUGCAAGGACAACCUCUGCUACAAAGAUGACAGCUCCUACCCCCCUAAAGAGGAAACGGAAGAAAACAACUUCAUCGAGCCAGAGGCCCCCCGUACUCCGCAGAAGCCCCGGCCAAGGGCCCCCAAGCCUGAGCCUCCUCCUGCCCCGGCCCCCACCCAGCCCCCCACAGAGGACCUGCAGAAGAAUGAAGUGGUCAACACACAGCAGAUGUCCCAGCUUGUGACCUGUGACACGAAGCUUCGAGAUCAGUGUAAAGGAACUCCAUGUAAUAGAUACGAGUGUCCAGCUGGGUGCCUAGAUGCUCCAGGAAAAGUGGUUGGCACAGUGUACUAUGAAAUGCAAUCCAGUGUGUGCAGAGCUGGUCUACACGCAGGUGUCAUAGAUAAUGAUGGAGGAUGGAUGGAUGUAACAAGAGAAGGCAGGAAGGACUUUUUCAUCAAAUCCAGCAAGAAUGGAGUCCAGUCCCUUGGAAAAUACCAGAGUGCUAAUUCCUUCACAGUCUCCAGAGUGGCAGUUAAAGCCAUCACAUGUGAAACCACAGUGGCACAGCUGUGUCCAUUCGAGAGGCCGGCCAAACAUUGUCCAAGGCUUUACUGCCCAAGAAACUGCUUAGAAGAGAAUCCUCACAUAUCUAGAGUGAUUGGUACCAGAAUAUACUCUGAUAAGUCCAGUAUAUGCCGAGCAGCGGUGCACGCUGGAGUGAUCAGGAAUGGCGUGGGCGGAUACAUCGAUGUGAUGCCUGUGGACAAGCGGAAACACUAUGUUUCCUCACACCAAAACGGCAUUUCCUCUGAAAGCCUUCAGAACCCUCCUGGAGGGAAGGCGUUCCGGGUGUUCGCCGUGAUUUGAGUGCCCCUGAGGGCGGCUUCACCAAACAGAAAAGCGCACUCGGGGCUCUUGAAAAAGCGGUAAUCAAGCCCUGUUGUCAAACUCAAUGACUGAAAUGUUUCUGGCUUUGCUACACUCUGGGGGUUAGAGGUCGUCUCCAUGACUGCGAAAAACCCAGCAGCAAAAACUUGGCAUCUACACUAAGGGGAUAUGUCAGCACUCACUUGGAUGGAGGUUUCAUUUUGCUGCAUUUUUAGUAAACUGUAAAUAUUUUAUUGUACAUAUGUGUUAAUAUUACAUCAGUGUUUGUCGUUGUGCUAUUGCCUUGCCUUUUUAGCUACUAGCUUUGUAUGAAUACUAUAGAUAUCUCCAGGUUGUAACAAAAUACAACCCCAUUCAAAAAAGUUGGGGUACUGUGUAAAAUGUAAGUAAUACAAAUGAAUGGUCAGCAAAAUUAACCCAUGUUUUAUUAGUUGAACAUGAACAAAAUAUCUAAUGUUGAAACUGAGACAUUUUACAGUUUCAUGAAAAAUAUUACCCCAUUUUAAAUUUGAAGGCAGCAACACAUCUCAAAAAAGUAUGGAUGAGGGCAACAAAAGGCUGGAAAAGUAAGUCGUACCAAUGAAAAACAGUCGGAGGAGCAUUCUGCAACCAAUUAGGUUCACUGGCAACAUGGCAGAUGCAUUGUUUUUUGACAGAUUUACCCACAGUGGAAAACUAUCACGGAUUUUGAAAAAGUAAAUUACAUUUUAGUCUGGUUUUAGUCAU